GAUAGUGAAAUACAGUAGUUAAUUGAAUACUACAUGGCAUCCCUGAACUGAGAUUUGAAUCCAGUGAACAACCUAAACAGAUAAAAGGGAAGUAUUUUUGAUUGACAGCAAUGUGACAAGAGUGCAUCCGACAUAAGGCAACCAGUUGUUGUACCAAAUGAUACCUAAAGCUAAUGAACUAUCUAUCAGGGACCAACUAUUUCCCAGGAUUAUGUAAAACAUUUGCAACGGGAAUGUGCUAUAUAUUGAUGGGAUAUUUUAAACACUUCAAGACAUUAUUUCUUCAAAAGUGCUAGUGGAUGUCAACAUGGCUUAGAUAAGUUGUUAACCACUGCAAAUUGUCAGUUGCUGUGUGCUGCCUAGAGGCUAGCUGACUCCAUUUGGAGUAGUGUCAAAGUAGCACAGAUAUAUCAAGAUGACAGAUCCUAUGAUGGACUUUUUCGAUGAUGCCAACCUCUUUAGUGAUACCUUAGAAGGUUUGUCAGAUGAUGCCUUUGUACAAACUGGACCAGUUUCACUCGUUGAUGAAUUGAACUUGGGUGCAGAGUUUGAGCCUCUUCACAUCGACUCAUUAAACCAUGUGCAAGAAACACAAACUCAACAAAAGAUGAAUGAAUUUGAACAACUAAAUCAGUAUGAUUCACUGAAACUUCAAGUAAAUCAAUCCUUCAGCAGUCCAGCUGAAAAUGUUUUAUCACCGCACUCUGAGUUCAAUUGCUCUCCCAUUCAUCCCCAAAGCCAAACCAAUGGGAUGUUUCCUGACGUGGCAGAUGGAAGCCCAAUGUGGGGACACCAAACUUCUAGCAGUGUUUCUAAUCAGAAUGGGUCCCCUUUUCACCAUGGACGUUCACAGCCUAUGCAGCAAAAUAAAAGCUUUGUAGCACACCAUGAUUUUGCCUUAUUUCAGGCCAGCGAACAGCACCAUCCGUGUGCCUCAUUGCAGUCACAGCAAAACAGAAAUGGCAUUACUACAGGAGAAGACACUCAUAAUCAGUCGGAAAACUUCAAAGAGGUUAAUACAUCAGUUCCGCAUAGAAACAGUGUUCCUCAUCCAUCUCAAGCUGCUAAUUUAUCAAACUCACAACAGUCUAUAUCUGUUCAGUCAUUUUCUCAGACUGCAAGUGACUCACCCCACUUUUGUGGGAAUCAAGAAGGAAACUUUGAUGGACAUUCUCCUACUAUAACACCAUGCUCUGUUGUUAAUGCACAGUUUUCUCCUCCUUUUUCCUACUCUAAUAACCACAUCUCUCCUACCAAUCUUCUGCAAUCUUCUACGGCUCUUUCAGUUAGUCAACAAACUUAUCCUCUGUCUGAUUUUCCUGGGAGCGACACCUUUGCACCACGAAGAGGGACCAAACAGGAAAAUGCAGAUAACAUCCUUAAUUCAAGUACAUCUUUGAAUUCAAAUAAUUUCCAUAUAUUGCAUUCAGCACAUCCUCAGGGCAACUUCAGUAGUUCAAAACUAUCUGUGGUGAACUUUUCUACUCCUGUUGGCUCUGGUCCUCAGUUGAGCCAUUUCAGUGAUCCUACAGAAGGCAAUGGUUUUUCUUCUUUGGAUGAGAACUUGCUUCAUCAAGUUGAGUCUCAAGCUGAAUCAUUUACAGGACUUGAUCCUGAAGCUCUCCUUCAAGAAGAUCUCCUUCCCCAGUUCGAUGAAUCUGCAUUUGUUCAGGACAGCUCAAGUAAUGAGUUAGAACAUCAGCUAGAACAUCAUGUUGUACCACAAGUAACACAGUCCUCUCAACUUGCUCGGACUCAAUCUCAAAAUUGCAAUCAUCCCUGGUAUCCUUCUGGUUCUAAUCAACGUUUGCAAGAGCGAAAGCGUAUAAAUGCUCAAGGGCAGCCUCCUUCCACCAAGAAAACAGAUGGUUCGGGGACAUAUUCUAAGUUGCAGAAUACCCAGGUGAAGUCUAUGUCUGAGAAGAAACAGAAAAAAAAAGUGGAAUCUGAAAGUAAGCAGGAAAAAGCUAAUCGCAUAAUAUCAGAGGCAAUAGCAAAAGCAAAAGAGAGAGGGGAGAGAAACAUUCCACGAGUAAUGAGUCCAGAAAACUUCCCAAGUGUUUCAGCGGAAGGAAGAGAAGAAAAGAAGGGCAGAAAAGUUAAAUCCAAACCAAAAGACAAAGAAAGCAAAAAGCCCAAAACUGGUUCUUCUUCCAAAACUAAAGAGAGAGCAAAAAUUGGCAAGCUUAUUAUUACUCUGGGCAAAAAGCAGAAGAGGAAAAAUGAGUCUUCAGAUGAAAUGUCUGAUGCUAAGCAGACUACUCAGCAGCCAUUCAAAGAUGAGACAUCUCAGAAGAGACGGUCAAAUCGACAAAUUAAAAGAAAGAAGUAUGCAGAAGAAGGUGAAGGAAAACAAUCUGAGGAAGAAGCCAAAGUUUCUGUGAAAAUAAAAAAGAAUUCUGCUCCUUUACCUGCUGAGCAGCCUUUACAAUUAUUUGUGGAGAAUCCAAGUGAAGAAGAUGCAGCAAUUGUAGAUAAAAUUUUAUCUUCCAGAAUUAUAAAGAAAGAAAUUACUGGGGGAGUGACAGUGGAAGCAGAGGAAUUUUUUGUUAAAUACAAAAACUACUCCUACCUCCAUUGUGAAUGGGCUACAGAACAACAGCUUUUAAAGGAUAAAAGAAUCCAACAGAAAAUCAAGCGUUUCAAGCUGAGGCAAGCACAGAGAGCCCAUUUUUUUGCAGAUAUGGAAGAAGAACCUUUUAAUCCGGAUUAUAUCGAAGUUGAUCGGGUAUUAGAGGUCUCCUUUUGUGAAGAUAAGGACACUGGAGAGCCUGUUACUUACUACUUAGUAAAAUGGUGCUCAUUGCCAUAUGAAGACAGCACAUGGGAGUUGAAAGAAGAUGUAGAUCAAGGAAAAAUAGAAGAGUUUGAACAGCUGCAAGCUUUACGGCCUGAUUCAAGGCGAUUGGAUCGACCUCCUCCUAAUUCAUGGAAGAAGAUAGAACAGUCCAGGGAAUAUAAAAAUGGCAACCAACUCAGGGAAUACCAGUUGGAAGGGCUCAACUGGCUCCUCUUCAACUGGUAUAAUAGGCAAAACUGCAUUUUAGCAGAUGAAAUGGGUCUUGGCAAAACCAUCCAAUCAAUUACAUUCCUCUAUGAAAUCCUCUUAACUGGUAUACGAGGACCUUUCCUGAUCAUAGCUCCACUUUCUACCAUAGCCAAUUGGGAAAGAGAGUUCCGUACAUGGACCGAUCUUAACGUUGUGGUAUAUCACGGGAGCAUGAUUAGCAGGCAGAUGAUCCAACAGUAUGAGAUGUAUUUUAGGGACUCGCAGGGCCGUGUCAUUAGAGGUACAUACAAGUUCCAGGCCAUAAUCACCACUUUUGAAAUGAUUCUUGGUGGCUGUCCAGAACUCAACGCAAUUGAAUGGCGAUGUGUUAUUAUUGAUGAAGCACACAGAUUGAAGAAUAAAAACUGCAAACUCCUAGAGGGACUCAAACUCAUGAAUCUUGAGCACAAGGUGUUGUUGACAGGCACACCACUGCAAAAUACAGUAGAAGAACUUUUCAGCCUUCUUCACUUCCUUGAACCUUUACGCUUCCCAGCAGAAUCUACAUUCAUGCAGGAAUUUGGAGAUCUUAAAACAGAGGAACAGGUGCAAAAGCUGCAAGCUAUCCUGAAACCAAUGAUGCUGAGGAGGUUAAAGGAAGAUGUCGAGAAGAAGUUGGCUCCAAAGGAAGAAACUAUUAUUGAAGUGGAGUUAACAAAUAUCCAGAAGAAAUAUUAUCGAGCUAUUUUAGAGAAAAACUUUUCCUUUUUGUCAAAAGGCGCAGGGCAAGCUAAUGUACCCAACUUAGUUAACACUAUGAUGGAACUCAGGAAAUGCUGCAAUCAUCCAUAUCUUAUCAAAGGUGCUGAGGAAAAAAUCUUAGGAGAAUUUAGGGAGACCCACAAUCCAACUGCUCUUGAUUUCCACUUGCAAGCAAUGAUCCAAUCCGCUGGGAAACUGGUCCUCAUUGAUAAACUUCUUCCAAAAAUGAAAGCAGGAGGCCAUAAGGUGCUUAUCUUCUCUCAGAUGGUUCGCUGUCUUGAUAUCCUUGAAGAUUAUCUUAUACAUAAAAGGUACCUGUAUGAGCGAAUCGAUGGAAGAGUAAGAGGGAAUUUGCGUCAGGCUGCCAUUGAUCGAUUUAGCAAGCCAGACUCUGAUCGGUUUGUUUUCCUUCUCUGUACAAGAGCUGGUGGAUUGGGAAUUAAUUUGACUGCAGCUGAUACUUGCAUAAUUUUUGAUUCUGACUGGAAUCCUCAGAAUGAUUUGCAGGCCCAAGCCCGUUGCCAUAGGAUUGGUCAAAACAAAGCAGUGAAAGUCUACAGACUGAUAACUCGGAACUCUUAUGAAAGAGAGAUGUUUGACAGAGCAAGUCUGAAGCUCGGCCUAGAUAAGGCUGUCUUACAGAGUAUGAGUGGAAGAGAAAAUAGUGUUGGUGGUAUCCAACAGCUUUCCAAAAAAGAAAUUGAGGACUUGCUUCGAAGAGGUGCAUAUGGGGCCAUUAUGGAUGAAGAGGAUGAGGGCUCUAAAUUCUGUGAAGAAGAUAUAGAUCAAAUUUUGCAACGUCGCACAAAAACUAUCACAAUCGAAUCAGAAGGGCGGGGCUCCACAUUUGCUAAGGCUAGUUUUGUUGCAUCUGGAAAUAGGACAGAUAUUUCAUUAGAUGAUCCCAACUUCUGGCAGAAAUGGGCGAAAAAAGCAGAAAUAGACAUAGAUGCCAUCAGUGGUAGAAAUAGCCUGGUUAUCGACACUCCCAGAAUUAGAAAGCAAACAAGGCCUUUCAGUGCCACAAAGGAUGAACUAGCUGAGCUAUCUGAUAUUGAAAGCGAAGGGGAUGAUAAACCAAAACUUCGGAGGCCUUGUGACCGCUCCAAUGGAUAUGGGCGAACAGAAUGUUUUAGAGUAGAGAAAAACCUGCUAGUUUAUGGGUGGGGUCGUUGGAGAGAGAUUUUGUCACAUGGCCGCUUCAAGAGACAACUGAAUGAACAAGAUGUGGAGAUAAUUUGCCGAGCCCUCCUAGCUUAUUGCCUUGUUCAUUACAGAGGAGAUGAAAAGAUUAAAAGUUUUAUAUGGGACCUUAUUACACCCACUGAGGAUGGGCAAACUCGAGAGUUACAAAAUCAUCUAGGUUUGUCAGCUCCUGUCCCGCGGGGUCGAAAAGGAAAGAAAGUUAAGACUCAGGCUAGCACUUUUGAUAUACAUAAAGCAGAAUGGCUUCGAAAGUAUAAUCCAGAGCAUUUGUUGCAAGAUGAUGGCUAUAAAAAACACAUAAAACACCACUGCAACAAGGUCUUACUUCGAGUUAGAAUGCUGUAUUAUUUGAAACAAGAAGUCAUUGGUAAUGAGUGCCAAAAGGUUUUUGAGGGAGUUGAUGCCAGUGAAAUUGAUAUUUGGAUUCCUGAGCCAGACCAUUCUGAGGUGCCAGCAGAAUGGUGGGAUACAGAAGCAGAUAAAUCUCUACUAAUAGGAGUUUUUAAACAUGGUUAUGAAAAGUACAAUACAAUUCGAGCAGAUGCAGCUCUCUGCUUCUUGGAAAGGGUGGGGAAACCUGAUGACAAGGCAGUUGCUGCUGAACAGAGAGCAAAUGAUUAUAUUGAUGGGGAUGUAGAAGACCCAGAAUAUAAACCAGCCCCAGCAAUGUUUAAAGAUGACAUGGAGGAUGAUGUGUCAUCACCAGGGGAACUCAUAAUAGCAGAUGGAGAUGGUCAAGUGAUUGAAGGGGACAAACUUUAUUGGCCAACUCAGUCUGCCUUAACAACACGUUUGCGUCGCCUAAUAACAGCGUAUCAACGUACUAGUAAGAACAGGCAAAUCCAACAGAUCCAGCCUACGUUUCCAGUCCAGACCUGUGUGAUGCAGACAACAUAUGAAGAAACUGCUUUAAAUCCAAAGAUGGCUGCCAAAAUUGAAAGACAACAAAGAUGGACAAGAAGAGAAGAAGCCGAUUUCUACCGAGUGGUUUCCACAUUUGGUGUGGUGUUUGAUCCUGAUAGAGCCCAAUUUGACUGGACAAAGUUUAGAGCAAUGGCUAGACUACAUAAGAAAACAGAUGAGAGUUUAGAGAAGUACUUGUAUGCAUUUAUGGCCAUGUGCAGGAGGGUCUGUCGUCUGCCUUCUAAAGAUGAACUUGUGGAUCCAAAUAUUUUCAUUCAGCCAAUUACAGAAGAGCGUGCAUCUCGAACCUUAUAUCGCAUUGAACUUCUCAGGAAGGUACGAGAACAAGCUGUCCGUCACCCACUGAUGUUUGAGCGUUUAAAACUUUGUCAGCCAAAUCCAGACUUGCCUGUCUGGUGGGAAUGUGGGACUCAUGACUGGGAUUUGCUGAUUGGAGCUGCAAAACAUGGGGUGAGCAGGACAGACUACCACAUUCUUCGUGAUCCUGAACUUUCAUUUAUGUCAGCCCAGAGGAACUACAGUCAUAAUAAAGUAACAUUUUCGAGGACUCCUACCCCACUUUUGCAUCAGUAUCAGAUGGCAUUGUCUGCAUCUCCUCUUGCGCCUCAGGCAAGGCUGCUAGAUGUAAAAGGGAGCAUGCUUGAGGAUACAAAAGCUAAGAAUGAAAACCAUAAAGAAGAAUGCCAUUCUUCAGGAGAGGAGUCCAUGUCUACUGAGGAUUUGCGAACGGGAGUAAAGACUGAACCCUUGAGCCCAAAGAAUGGUACACCAUCUCAUGCUACAGACCACAAACCUGUUUCGAAGGCAGAUAAUGACAGGCGUAUGGUUGCAGCAAGGACAGAGCCCCUAACUCCAAAUGCUGCCUCCAAAAAACAGAGACCUAACAAGAGAGGUUCAGAAUCCAGCUCUGAUUCAGACUCCGACUCAGAUAGAUCAUCCUGUUCUUCCAGAUCAUCUUCGUCUUCAUCUUCAUCUUCUUCCUCUUGCUCACGUUCCAGAUCAGGAUCCAGCUCUUCAUCCUCUUCAUCUUGUUCUUCAGCAUCAUCGUCAUCAUCCUCUUCAUCAUCAUCAUCAUCUUCAUCCUCCUCUUCAUCAGAAGAAAGUGACAGUGAUGAAGAGGAGGCGCAGAAGAGACCAGAAGGAACUCCUCAUUUGAAAUCAUAUGAUGAAGAGAGUGUAGCUUCCCUAAGCACUGUGCAGGAUGAAACCCAGGAUAGUUUCCAAAUGAACAAUGGAACACCAAAUUCUAAUUGUAUCUUACAAGGUGGAUAUAUGUUGGCUGCUUCCUACUGGCCCAAGGAUCGGGUUAUGAUUAACCGUCUGGAUAGUAUUUGUCAAACAAUCUUGAAAGGUAAAUGGCCUUCGGCAAGGAGAAGUUAUGACAACAAUACUGUGGCUUCCUUCUAUACCACCAAGCUUCUAGACAGCCCAGGUGCUGCUGCAGAAUACAGUGAACCUAGCGUACCAACUCCCCCAAGUGCAGAUGUUAAAGAAGAAAAUGAUGAGUCACCACAGAUGUCAAAGGUGAAGAAGCAUGUACGGGAAAAGGAGUUUACAGUGAAAAUCAAUGACGAAGGUGGUUUGAAAUUAAUUUUUCAGAAGCAGGGACUUCCUCAGAAAAGGCCAUUUGAAAGUGAAGAUGGAACAUUAGGACAGCAGCAGUACCUUGCCAGGCUACACGAACUUCAGAAUGCUUCAGAGACAUGCCUUGCCAAUUUUCCAAAGACUUUGCCAGAGUCAGGAAUGUCCAGCCAGUUGACAGCUAGUGCAAAUGGCAUAAUAGUUGAUGACCAGCCUGUAUUGAAAAAGAGGAGAGGAAGGAGGAAGAAUGUAGAAGGAGUUGAUAUCCUGUUUAUGAAUAGAAACAAAGCACCUAACCAUGUUUGCCAUGGCAUGAAUGCACCUCAGGUUGCUCCAGGACUAAACCCAGCACUUCCGUAUGUACAGUCCCAAGGCCUGUGUGAUGCAGAAAGCCCAGUUCCCGUUAUUAACUUGAAAGAUGGAACAAGACUUGCAGGUGAUGAUGCCCCCAAAAGAAAAGAUUUGGAGAAGUGGCUUAAUGAACAUCCUGGAUACGUUGAAGAUUUGGGAGCUUUUAUUCCCAAAAUGCAGCUUCAUGAAGGGAGGCCCAAACAAAAGAGACAUCGUUGCCGCAAUCCUAAUAAGUUGGACAUUAAUAGCCUUACUGGGGAGGAACGUGUGCAACUGAUCAACAGAAGAAACGCUAGAAAGGUAGGAGGUGCUUUUGCUCCCCCACUGAAAGAUCUGUGCAGAUUCCUGAAAGAGAAUUCUGAAUAUGGAGUCGCUCCUGAAUGGGGAGAAGUUGUAAAACAAUCUGGAUUUCUUCCUGAAAGCAUGUUUGACCGUAUUCUCACAGGCCCGGUUGUACGUGAAGAAGUAAGCAGGAGAGGGAGAAGGCCUAAAAGCGAGAUUGCCAAGGCAGCCGCCGCCGCUGCAACAGCAGCAAACAUGCCAAUCAACCCUUUGCUAGCCAAUGGGCUAAUCCCUGGAGUGGAUUUGUCUACCCUCCAGGCCUUACAGCAAAACCUGCAAAAUUUUCAGUCACUACAAGUGACAGCAGGUUUAAUGGGAAUGCCUGCUGGCCUGAACACUGCUGGAGAGGCAAAAAACAUGGCUGCUGUAUUUCCCAUGCUGCUUUCAGGAAUGGCUGGCUUACCAAAUUUGCUAGGAAUGGGAGGACUCCUAACAAAGUCUACAGAAUCGGUUUCUGAGGAGAAAAAGGGGAAUGACUCCAGAGAGCCUGAUGGAAAGAAAGAGAGGACAGAGAGCCAAAAUGCACAUAACGGUGGAGAAAACUCUGUGUCGGGUUCUCCUUCCACAGCAUCAUCAUCUGCUGCUGCAGCAGCUGCCAGCCCCUUAGCUCUUAACCCCUUACUGUUGUCCAAUAUACUUUAUCCAGGGAUGCUUCUCACUCCAGGCCUUAAUCUCCAUAUCCCAGCUUUGCCCCAAUCUAAUAUUUUUGAUGUACAGAACAAUGAAAACAAUGGCACAGGCUUAGCUAACCCUACAGAAGAAAAGGAGGAAAAAUCUAGGGUUCAAGAUCAAGAAGACAAAAGGGGAACAGAGCCUAGCUCUCGCAAUGAAAAUAGCACAGAUGAGGGUUCAGAGAAAGCAGAUGCUUCCUCCGGAUCAGACAGCACGUCGUCCUCGUCUGAGGAUUCAGAUUCCAGUGAUGAAGACUGACCCCAGGCUCUGCACUUAAAUUAUAAACUGAUUUUGAAUUUAUUCUUUAAUUAUUUUGUUGUAAAUAACCCAGUGUUGAGUGAGUGCAUCAAUAAUUUACUGACCGAACAUUUCAGUAUUUGUUUAGAAGUGCAAACUGCUUUCAAAGACAUUUUGCAUGUAAUAUUUCUUGAAGUUCAUAAGUUUCGGAGCUUGUAUGUACUAUCAAAUACACAAUUGUGUAAAAAGAAUUACAGCAAAAGGCAUUAUAAUUUUUGUUUUGGGGGGUUAAUUUUUUUAAGUAGCUUAGUAAGAGCUGUAUAUUUAAUAUAUUUGCAGUGAACACAAUUCUUUAUGUGCAUUAUUGAUUUAAUCUGAAUAUAGUUUUACAGCCUCCUUGACACUUAUAAUUUACAGAUCAAAACUCAGCAAUAAUUUGGGCAGCUAAUGAAUGUCAUGAAAGCUGUAGAAUCUACAUCACCAUCCAUUGCUUUAAUUACAUGAAAAUGCUCUAGUGUUGUGAUGCACUGCUGAUGUUUCCAAUUCAGGUACAACUGUGUUUAAAAGAAAAGUUUCCCAUUCAGCCAAUUAAAUUGGCUACUUGUUACCUCAGCUGAGUUAGUUUAGGAAGUUUACAUUGAUUUCUCUACUUGUUUUCAUAUUCUGCUUUGCUUUUUAAAGGCAUCCUGUGUAUGUUGAUUUGGUAAGGGAAAUUACCGUUAUAGUUGCACUCUUCUAAUAGUAAAGGGAAAUUUUGCCGUAAAAUAUCCCUUUCCUAUCUUUCUUCGACACCAUGGAUACCUGCUUAAUUUCAAAAUCUUGCUCCUUCCAUGGCCUUCAUGUUGUUGAGGAGCUGUAUCCACAAGUUGAAAUAACUCAAAAGUGCCACUUUCAACACUGCAUACUUCAUGUAUAAGGAUUAGAUCCUUGUGAGAAUGGCUUGUUUGCUUUGUUUGUCAAACAGAUUCCUAUUUUGUGUUUGUUUGUCAUGUAGCCUCCUGUAGUUACCAGUUAAUAAUGGUAAGGGGAAAUGUAGACAUGUUAAAACUCUCAUAUUUCUCUACAGGUUUGAAUCUGACUAUAUAGAAAAAUGUUACCCAAAAUCAAGAUUUAGGGUAUCAUCAGUUAAUUAUAAUAAUGCUGAGUUGCCCAAUAACUUAAAGCACUUUCAACAAUGAUGUAAGAAAUGUGUUCCAUGAAACCAUGAUACAGUGCUUUAAAAGCAUCUGUUUGAAUACAAAUCCUUAGAACCUUACUACAUAAAAUCAAUCUUAACAUGUGUGAUAUAAUUCCUUGUUCUGCUGAAGCUGCUAUUACUCUGACAUGGUAGAAUCACAGAUUCACACCACAUGGUUGAACUGACUGAGAUUAGGUGUGAGCGUGUGUUAAUCUCACUUAUGGUCCAAGGAUAGGCAAAUGUUGAUGGAGUGGAUAAAAGUACUGGCGAUAGUCAAUGACAAACCUUUUCAAAAGGGAAUAAUUUAAUAAAAUCUGUAUUUUGAUAUGGUUCCGUUGCUUGCUUGUACAGUAAACAAGACUGUGUUGUUUUUUACCAAGAUCUUUACCAAUAAAAAUAAAGUUUGUACAUGCAAAAUAAUUAACCCCCUUUACUAGAAAGCAGUAUUACAUGUAAUUACACAGUUAUAAAAGUAUCAUUUGGAUUGUGCUGGUUAUUGUAUUCCCCACCCCCAAGAAUAGUAUGACUUGUUCGGCCCUUCAUGCAGUGUCCUAGCAAUAGUCAAACCAUGCCACAAGAAGAGGGGUAGCAAUUCUUCAUCAUGAAAGGAUGUAUUACAUAUUUAAUAUUUUGCCCUUUGUAAUAUAGCACUUUUGUUUAUCUUGUAUGUAUCCAUGAUAUAGCCAAAGUUUUCCAAACACAGUUGUUGACUUAGUCAAUGGAGUAUUUCAACAAUACAUCACUUUGCACCAUCCCCCUACACACCUCCCCCAAAAUAAAUCCUAAGCAUAAUUUUUAAUAAAUUUAUGAAAUAAAGUAUUUUCCUAAUUAUGGUCAAGUGAAUUUGCUUACCAUUUAGUGAUCUUCUUUCUCUGUAAUAAGGCAAUUUUACAGUUUCAGUGUAUGGCUGAUACAGAUUUGAAUAUGAAGUAAAGGUUUGGUUUUUUAAAAAUCAGUAUCAGUUGAAAGAUGAGAAAUGUGUAGUUCUGUCAGCUUAACAAUAUGCAAGUGUGGCUGCAUUAAGUCAAAGGUUGUAAGGAACCUUCAUUAGAAUUACAUUAAUACUGAAAUUUCAAUACAAAAGAUAACCAAGAUGGUGAAGAAGUGUAUGUUGGUAGUGACUAAAAGAAUGGUAGCUGUUAUUGCCUUGUAUUUCUAUCCCUUGUUUCAGGCUUCAUAAUCCGUCUUAGUCCUGUUUUUCUUUUGGACUAUUUGCAAUAUUUGCCAGUUGUGUUCUGUGUAGUCUGAAUUUGCUUUCUUGUAGUUGAACAAGCGUCUUAAGUCAUUUGUAAUUUAUUGAAUUACUUUCUAUGAUGUUCUAUAGAGCAAAUGGAAGUUUAAUUAUUUUUUAUUAAACAUAUUCUUUGACAA